AUGCCACCGUCCGGGAAGUCGGAUUCGGCUUUAAAAGAUGCGCAGAGUCUCUCCAGAGAUUCCAUGCCAACCAUCCGCGGGGAAAGACUCAACUGGAACUUCGUGGUCGGCAUCAUGCUCUCCGCAAUAACCUUGGCAUUUUGGCUUCUGCCUCCUGCUAGUGUCGCGAAGUCGGUUUUUAUCGCGGACUGCGACGCGUUACCGAGCUUCAUCAAAUCUUCCGCUGCCGACAACGCAGUGAUUACGACGGCCUCUAUACUGGCCAAUUCGUUGAAUGUUUCCGGUACUUUCAACCAGGUUGCAUUUUGUCGUGUAAAUGGCAGCGUCCCUUAUUCCGAAAACAACACUGUCUUUUUUGAAGUGUGGCUCCCAGAGACAAGCGCGUACAAUGACAGAUUCCUAGCUGUUGGCAACGGCGGCCUGGCCGGGCGCAUCGACUAUGCUGCAAUGGUAGAGAAUGUCAACAAGGGCUUCGCAACUUCGGGAGGAGACAGCGGCCAUCGCGCAUCGGAAAAUAACGGGGGCGAUGCGUACCCGGGAGGCAUUUCUCUGCCAUUCCUUCGCGACGAGAACCAAGUCCUUGCAUGGAUCCGCAACUCGAUUGCGCUCUUCACACCUCCGGCGAAAGAUAUUGUACAGGCUUAUUACAGCAAGGCUCCGAAACACACCUACUACAAGGGCUGCUCGACAGGGGGGGCCCAAGGCUUCGCGCUUGCACAGUAUCAUCCUGAGCUGUUCGACGGCAUUAUUGCUGGUUGUCCGGGGAACUGGUAUUCGCAUCUGGCGCUUUCUUUCCUGUGGAACCAGCAGAUGACUCUCGGGUUUUCGUUCCUGCCACAGGAAUCACUGAACAUGAUUACGAGUGCGGUACUGGACGAGUGUGACACCCUUGACGGUGUCCACGACCGAGUUCUCGAGAACCCUCUAGCAUGUAGUUUCGACUUGGACAAGCUGUCUUGCACGACGCCCACAGCUAAUUCGCCAUCCUGCCUGACCCCGGAACAAGUCGCAGCCGCCAAGAAUAUCUAUGCUGGACCUCGCCAUUCUCAGAGUGAUGCUAGCCUCUACCCGGGCUUUGAUCUGGGCAGUGAGUCGGAAUGGAUCGUUCAAGAAGGUCUCCUAUCCCUGUCUUUCUCUCUUCCUCUGCUGCAAAACAUGGUUUUCGACGACUUGAGCUACAAUGGCAGCACAUUCGAUUGGGCUAGCGAUGUUGAUGCGCUGGAUAACAAGGUUGGCAGUUUGAUUGACGCCAUCAGCCCCAACCUGACUUCCUUCAAGAGACGAGGAGGAAAGCUACUUGUGACGCAAGGAUGGGCCGAUCCAUACAACGCCGCAACCUGGCCUAUCGAUCACUUGAACGAGGUCGCUCGGGUGACAGGUGGCCUCCGAGAUGACUGGUUAUCUUUGUUUAUGGUUCCAGGUGGUGGCCAUUGUGGGGGUGCCUCGAGUUAUCCCCACGUGCCUGGGAAGCAAAACUCCCUCGAAGCCUUGAUAGAAUGGGUUGAACAGGGAAAGGACCCCGAAAUGCUCUUAGGUAGCUCACCUGCCGAUGGGAGUACAAGGACCAAAAGGCUUUGUCGAUGGCCGCGUACGGCCAAGCUUGUAGGGUCAGACAUUGACAAGUGGGAGUCAUUUAUCUGCGAGUGA